AUGUUCUUUUCUCAGUUUCCUGAGGUUUCGUGUAUUUUUGUGGCAUCUGUUUUUUUUUUAGGGCUUAGUAAGCGCACCACUUCUGAAGGUCUUAGGACAGCUUUUGCUCAGUUAGGAGAUGUUGCUGAUGCCAAGGUUGUCACAGACAGAAUCUCAGGAUAUUCAAAAGGGUUCGGAUUUGUCCGAUAUGCCACCUUAGAAGAUUCUGCUAAAGGCAUUGCUGGAAUGGAUGACAAGAUUUACAGAGCCAUGUGUGCUACCCACGACGGCCUACAAUAACCCAUUCUUUAUUCAGAAGUCUGUGACAUUGAAUUGAAUGUUUUCUUUGUUUAUCUACUGAUUUACUGGUUUAGACUUUUGAUUUCUGUGGGCUUCAAUCUAAUUCCGUGUGGGUUUCCAGUGAUUGGUAAUUGUAAUCUCUUUUGCUACAAUUAAACCUAAAUGCAAUAAAAUAUUUCAAUUUUUUUAAAAUGUACUGGAUAGUAUGUAUCUUUGUGUUUGUGAUAAAUACUAGUACUAUGUUUUUUGCG